AUGAACAACAUCUGGGAUGACUCACUGGUGGUUGGCUCUCACACCACAGAGCCUCAUGCACCAUCACUGGCUCCUCUUGAUCUGCCAGACAUCACGCUUGAGGCAGAUAUCUAUGCUGCAGAGGAGCAAAUCAACCAUGAGCCACAAGAGGAUGAGGAAAGAGAAUGCACCGCUACUGGCAGAGACACCAACACCCAAGGGCAUCCAUCCCAACAUGCCACUGUUGAAGAUAUUGACGACUCUGAUGAUGAAGAAAUUGCAUGGGCAGGUGGGAUCUGGCCAGGCAACGGGGAUGUGCUGCUGUUCGACAAGAUCCAUUUGGAGCAGGAAGUGAAAGGGCAAGGCCCAUGGCACCCUUUUGCAGAUGAAGAGGAGUGGGCGCUGGCAGAGUGGUUGAUGAAGAAUGUCGGACAGAAGCAGACGGAUGCCUUCUUAAAGCUUCCCAUCACUCAGACACGUACCAGUCCUACAUAUUCGAACAACAAGAGCUUCUUGAAGAAGAUUGAUGCACUACCAACAUUUGGCGUUGGGUGGGAGUGUGAUCUCAUAACGUCAAAGGGGAACCAGCUUAAUGAGGAGGGAGAACUAAUGCCAGUGGAGACAUUAGAGCUCUGGCAACAGGACCCAGUUGCCUGUGUACAAGAGCUCCUGGGCAAUCCGAUCUUUGAACAUGUACUGAAGUACGCACCAGAACAACACUUCACUGACGAAGAAGGAAAGAUGCGUGUGUAUGAUGAGAUGUGGACAGCCGAUUGGUGGUGGAAUGCCCAGGCCAGUCUUCCCCACAGCGACAUAUUCACUGCAUUUACCCCAGAUAUCCUCCACCAACUCCACAAGGGUGUCUUCAAGGACCAUCUUGUCAACUGGUGCAUUGAAAUAGCAGGUGCUGCCAAGAUAGAUGCGCAUUUUCGAAGCAUGCCAAGCUACCCAGGCCUACGACAUUUUCGCAACGGGGUCUCUUUCGUGACACAAUGGACUGGACAUGAGCACAAAGAAAUGCAACAUGUGUUUGUGGCACUGCUUACUGGUGCUGUUCAACUGGGUGUCCUCCAUGCUGCCACUGCUCUGCUCGACUUCAUCUACUAUGCCCAGCUCCAAGUGCACACUUCCCAAACCCUCAAGUGCAUGCAGAAGGCCCUGGAGGUAUUUCAUGAGAAUAAGAAAAUAUUCAUCCGAAUGCAGGUCCGCAAGCAUUUCAACAUACCUAAGCUCCACCAGCUUCUCCACUAUCUCAAGGCAAUCAAAUGGCUUGGAACAGCAGACAGAUACAACACAGAGUCACCAGAACGCUUGCACAUUGACUACGUGAAAGAAGCCUACUGCACGAGUAACAAGUGUGAGUAUGUUCAUCAAAUGACUCUGUGGUUGGCUUGA